AUGACCGACUGGACUGCAAGCGACGUGGGCGCUCCCACGUCUAUGCUCCAGGCUGACGAGGACCUGGAGAGGGCGCUGGCCGAGUCAGCCGCCAUGGCCGGCACCACCCAUGCACCGCAAGAGACUGGUAUCACCAUGUCUUACGAUGCGGCAGUCCCGACUGAGCUUCCCUUUUUUGGACCGGCCAACCGAGACGUAUAUGACCCUGAUCAAUGGGCCAUGGUUCGCGCCAGCCCCGAGGUUCUAGAACCCCCACCAUCUGGCCGCAAACGAGAACACGGCGUCCCGGUGUUUUUGCGUAAUCGGCGGUCAGGCACAGAGGCGUCGGCGCUAGGUGCGCUUCUCACAAUUCUCCAUGCCAUACCUGCCGCCCGCAACGCACUACUACGUUCAGGACGGCAGCCGGCCACGUACGGCCAGAACUCGGAGUGGUGGAAGGGUGGCCGGAUACAGCCACUUGGUGUACCCGACAACGAUGGCAGCAUUCGUAUGGCGACGUCAGCAGCGGCAACGGCGGGAAUGACCACAGUCAUUUCUGUUGACAGCGACGAAGACGACACGAGCAAUAGUUCCAUGGCUGACGGCGGCCGACUUGAGAGUGGUCCUAGGAUGAACUCGGCGUUUGCCCGCGAGUACGUCGAGGAGAUGCACAGGCUGAUGGCCUUCCUCGACAGCACCGACCGCGCAUACGGUACUGCCGACAAUCUCGCCGACACGGCGGUGAUGAGGGAGUGCUAUGGCAUGGAGAUGAGCCAAAGGUUCUUUGAAGCUGCGCGGCGAUUGGAUCUACCAGAGAUCCUGCAAACCUUCUUCUGUGACGUUCAGUUGAUGGGCAUCAAGCACUUGGGCGUUCCCCUUCGUUCUGAGUCGUAUGCGAUACUCGAAAUAAAGGUGGAUGGCGACAACGUCCCAUUCGGCCUGCACGAUCUGUACAGUGCCAUUGACGCCAUUUAUUGGGAAGAUCUCUACCGUUUUGAUCCCAACGUUUCACAUAUUAACGUCCCUGAAGCUAGCAUGGCUGUCUUGGCGAAGGUUGCCCCGGUGCAGAUUUUGCGCCUGAGUACGAACAGGCAGGUGCCGUUCAUAGAACCUUUUGACGUUCCCGAGGUGCUCUACACCGAUCGCUACAUGGGCGAGAACGCAUCGCGGGCUCUGGAGAUUCAGGUACAACUUCAGAAAGUAUACGAUACUAUUCGGAAAAUCGACGCGGCCAUGCGGGUCGCCACUACAUUCAACGACCAUUCGUCAGCCCCCCACACCGUCGUCAGGGAUCGAGUCGUCCUGUCGGACCAGGCAAUUGCGUUUGCCAUUCAGAAAGAAUGGCAGUACCGUGCGGAGAUGGUAUGGGGUCGAUACAAAGCGGCACAAAAUACGCCCGAAUCCUUUGAUUACAACGAAGCCCAAAUCUACGCGGCAGAGCCGGUAACCGAUGAGGAGAAGACAACGCUCCGGACACUCCAGACCGAGAUCGCGGUUCACCGGCAAAAACUAAUCAGCAUACAGAAGAGAGUUCAAAAACUGCAGUUUGAGCGACAAGCCCUUGUCGAGCUUUCUCGACGACUCCGGCGGAAGUAUACUGUUCCUUCCGAGAAGCAGAAUUGGAGCCCGACGAGUAAAUACUCACUACGUGGCGUCAUCGUGUCGCCCGACAAGUUCUAUUUCUGCCGACGUGAAGCGCAGCCGAAGCCGGAACAAGAGCCAGAGCUACAGUCUCAUCCCUUGGACGAAGAAGCCAGUGAGCGCGGCGGCGAUACCAAAGUCGAAGCGGAAGUCAAGGGCAAGGGGAAGGGAACGGAACAGAACCCUGAGCCGGCACUGUCCACAUCCCCUACUACCACGGCAACAGGCGACCAGUGGUGGAUGGCUUCCUACAACGGCAGGGAUGCUUCGCCCAUCACCAUCCAGAAAACGACCGUGGAUGUUGCUCGCGGAUCGGUCUUUCAGGAAACGGAGACGCCAAUUCUGGUGUACAGCAACGCUGCGUCACUCGCCGAGGAGAAUGUGGCCCUGCCCGACGCACUUCGGACAUUUGUCCGGUUCGACAACCGCUUUUUCAAACAGGAAAUGCUGGAAGAGAGCCCGCGCGACAAGAAGCGCCAGCCCGUCGAAGAGCCCUCGCCGACGUCUCCUUUAAAGCGUCAGCAGAGAGCUAAUAGCAUUGACUCCAUGGCCAGCAACAUGGCGUCCCUGGGCGAGUAUUCGGACCGUGACAUGGAAGAUGUACCGCUCCUUAACGACGACCGGUUCACCAUAGAUAUGGACGAGGGUGUGUUCGCUAGAGGCGCCGGCAGCGGGUAUGAUGUACACGAGUGGACAUUGAACCGGACCAUGGAUGAAGCCAUCACUAAGAGGGCGGGAACCGAUGGAAUGGACUCUGCCGAACCGGUACUGCCCCAACGGGAGGUGGACACAUUGCCUGGGUAUGACGACGCCGUGGCAGACUCAGCACCCAUACCAGUGGCCACGGAUACCAAACAGGAGCAUAGAGGGUCUCUGGGCACGGAGAUGGUUCAGCGAGCUAUCCACGGCAGCGACAAGAACUGCAUUAACGGCACAAAUCUGGUCGAUACACCAAACGUCGCGCAUGGUGCAGACGCUAGCCUGGAGACGCCUCGUGCUACGGCCAGCGUUCCCGACCUCAUCGACUUCGACCAGAGCCAGAUGCAAGAACGAUCACAGUCACCAGGACAGAUGCUACCACCACCGCCGCCCCGAAUUAAGAAGCCGCAGCAGGCACAUCAAAAUGAUGGUGCGAUGCAGCUGCUCGCUGACUGGGACAAUCCGGAGGGCCGUUAUGUAGGCCACGCGGAGGAUGCUGCAGACGGGGCAUGA